UAUAAAUAAACAGUUUGUGUUAUUUUUACAAUCACAUUAACAAUCCACUGCAGCUAUGAUCCUUGAAAGUGAUCUCACCACCAACCUCCGGCCACAGGAACUACAAAAAGAAAGCCAUCACUAUUUGUUGGGCACCAAAUGGUGUUUGCUAACACUUGGGAUAGGCAGUGGUCGCAAUCAGCUUACUUCUCUAUGUCUAACCAAUCUUCUGUCCAAACCCAGAGAGUGAAAGGCCAGGGGUCUCCCUUUGGGCCACUGGGGGCAGAGCUCGCGGUACGCUGGCCUUUUGCCCAACUAUUUCCAGGGGGUCCACUGGUGAGUUACAGACAAAUGGCUCCCCAUUUUUCCACUUGCUUUAAAAACAUUUUUACUUGUAAUCAUUUAUACUUCACCAACUAAGACUAUACCAAGGAUAUGAUUGAGAAAUUCCAGAAAUGUCCUUAAUAUCCACGCCCAGUUCAACUAAAGAUGAUGGUGGUCCGAGAGUGGACCAGAAGUGGCUCACCACCAGUGGGGUGCUGACCAAAAUCCACUGGUGGACCGAUAUGUGCACGCUGGGUAGUUCUCACAAAUUGAGAGACCAUGCCUGACGUUGUAGUUUUUGUAGUUGUAGUGCUGACAUUUACUGCAAGUGUUAUGUGUCUUGCCAGCACUAAAUGAUCACCAUGAAUUACACCCUCCUCACACACACACAAACAGACAGAAUGCGAUAGAGGGACUUCAAGAAAAAGAGAGAGAGAGAGAGAGAAAGAGAGAGAGAGAGAGAACUGAGUCAGUUCUGUCAGCUUGUUUGGUGGCUGUUGGAGACAGACCUCAGCUCAAGCAGACCCAGCUGUCAUGUUUUGUGGGUGCUGGUAAUGACAUAGUAGCUGCUGUAUGUUGGUGAGUGAACAAGCUGUCUGUGGUUGUGAGGGCCUAUCAUUAUAUUUCACAGAGUGCGCUGCGCCGGCAUAGGCCUGGGAGAGCCCUCUGUGUGGAUGGCAGCGAACAAGCGAGUGAGUGAACGAAGGUGUCUGAGCCAGGCGAGGACAGGAUGUACUAACAUCGAGGUCACGGUCAGGCUACAUGCUCGCAGAGGUGACCAAUCAGAGAAGAGGGAACUCAGACCCCCUAUGCUCACUUAUCUAACAGUUGUAGCAUUGUAUGGGUCUUGGCUGAGGGGUGCCAAGAUUAGAGAGGGUGGGAGGGAGAGGGGGGUGAGGGGGAUCCCAACACAAGGGACUGUCCAUCAUGAUGUUACGUUUCCCCUGGUUGGGAUGCCUUCUUGGGUUAGGUCUUCGAGAACCAACCCCCUCCCCCCAUAUGUACAUGCCACACACACACACACAUUUCCCUUCUCCUUGAACACCAGGUACUGUUAGUCGCUGUUUUAUGGUAUAUAAUACCAUUCUACUGAUUAUACAUGCGUGGUCACCUUUUGUGUUUUUUAUAGUAAGCAAAUAGGAUUGUGAAAUUGUCUUAACCUUUUCAGAUGCAGAAGUUAUUAUAGACUUAUUAUAGACAUGUGAAUCACAUUUAGAUCAAGUGGGUGACUCCUGGUCAUGAGAAGAUGGAAAUGUCAAAAUGCAAGUAUUUGUAGUCGCAUGUCCCUUGAGAUAACCCGUUUUGGGGGGCUGGGUGGUGGGGUGGAAAACCCUUGCUUGCAGUGAUACAAAUUUCCUGUUUGUCAGCUAGCGGAAGGCUAAACAUCACUUGUCGUGUAAACAUGGCUGCUAGGCUAACACGAUAAUGUAACUUUAAGGUGUUACCUCGUUUGAACUUGAAGUCAUUUCAGUAUAUUUUAAAGGAAUUUAUAAGCAACUGAAUUAAACUCUAAUUAACCCACUCUCGAUCAGUAGCCUAGAUAUCUCGAGACUAAUCAGCUCUCUAAUUUUUACUUUUAAAUGCAUAAAAUUAUGCAUGUUGAACUUCUAACCUUAACAAAUUGAGGAAGUAGUCACCGUCGUGUUCUCUACAACGUGAGUCACCGCUGCUGCUCAAACGUUUGUAGUCACGCGCGCGCCCCCGGGAACAAGGCGUCGCCAGAAAACUUCCCCAGGAGCGCGUUUUGUCACAUGUGUGCCGGAGACCUUAUAGUUUAGUCACAUGCGUCUCGGUGCGGUCGGCAGAUGAACUUAACUGGUGCGUGAAGCCGGCGUUGUUAAAUUGAGCACUACCACGGAAACAUGACUCCAAACAUCAGAAAUGAACGGUCCACGCAGGAGAACCGAUAUGGACCGUUCCCUCGCUGUGACAUUUGUGUGCAGCUUGUGAGCUCUCCGGGUGUGUGGCACUCGGAAUGCGUUCUCCCUGAGCGGGACAGCUCCCCUCGGAGGCGCCAGGAUGCCGGUGCAGGCGGCCCAGUGGACUGAGUUCCUGUCCUGCCCCAUCUGCUACAAUGAGUUUGACGGCAGUGGCCACAAGCCCAUCAGCCUGGGCUGCUCGCACACCGUCUGCAAGACGUGUCUGCACAAGCUCCACCGCAAGGCCUGCCCCUUCGAUCAGACCGCUAUCAGCACUGACAUAGAUCUGCUGCCUGUCAACAGAGCCCUCCUGCAGCUAGUGGGUGCCCAGGUCCCUGAUGGGCCGGCUGUGUCCUUGGGCAGUCCAGUGGACAGUGAGCACUAUGAGGUGUCCAGGGCAUGUGUGGAGGAACUGGCUCUCUACCUGAAACCCAUCAGUGGAGGUAAAGGCGUGGCGACCCUCAGCCCGAGCGCGCUCAGUCGGCCCAUGCAGAGGAAGCUGGUGACGCUGGUCAACUGUCAGCUGGUGGAGGAGGAGGGGCGCAUCCGGGCAGUGCGUGCGGGCCGCUCCCUGGGCGAAAGGGCGGUCACUGAGCUCAUCCUCCAGCACCAGAACCCCCAGCAACUCUCAGCUAAUCUGUGGGCCGCCGUCCGCGCCCGAGGGUGCCAGUUCCUCGGACCAGCCAUGCAGGAGGACGCUUUGAAGCUGGUUCUGCUGGCCCUGGAGGACGGCUCGGCUCUGUCACGGAAGGUCCUGGUGCUGUUUGUGGUCCAGAAGUUGGAGGCUCGCUUCCCCCAGGCCUCCAAGACCAGCAUUGGCCACGUGGUGCAGCUCCUCUACCGGGCCUCCUGUUUUAAGGUGACCAAGCGGGAUGAGGACUCGUCGCUCAUGCAGCUGAAGGAGGAGUUCCGCACCUAUGAGGCGCUCCGCCGCGAGCACGACGCCCAGAUCGUCCACAUCGCCAUGGAGGCGGGGCUCCGCAUCUCGCCUGAGCAGUGGUCCUCGCUCCUUUAUGGAGAUCUUGUCCACAAGUCCCACAUGCAGUCCAUCAUCGACAAGCUCCAGUCACCCGAGUCAUUUGCAAAGAGUGUCCAGGAGCUGACUAUUGUGCUGCAGAGAACUGGGGACCCUGCCAACCUGAACAGCCUGAGACUACACCUGGAGCUCCUGGCCAACAUCGACCACAACACAGAUGCAGCACCACCAACCUGGGAGGAGUUGCAGAGUGUGAUGUUGGCUGUGAAGGUAGUGGUCCAUGGCCUGGUGGAGUUCAUCCAGAACUUCAGCAAGAAGAGCCACGAGACGCCCCAGCCACAGCCUAACAGCAAGUACAAGACCAGCAUGUGCAGAGACCUGCGGCAGCAAGGAGGCUGCCCACGGGGUGCCAACUGCACUUUUGCCCAUACUCAGGACGAAUUAGAGAAGUACAGAAUGAGGAAUAAGAAACUCGGUGGGGCCUCCCGCCCCUUCCUGCUCUCCCAGGGGGGGAUGGGAAAGGGCCCCAGCUGUAAGGGGGGGAUCUCAGUGAUGGAGUCCUCCUUGGGGGGUCUGAAGGGCCCUGAAAAAGACAUCCAGGCCCCUGAUGGCCCCUUGCCCCCGCAGCUCAUCCCCCGCGGUGGAGACUCACUGGAGGACCUGAAGAGGGUGCUUCCCAAUGGUGCCAAUGUGCACUCACAGUCCACCUCUGUUAAUAUAGAGCAGAAGACUGUUUCGCCCCCAAAGACGCCCGUUAGCCAGACUCAAGCCUUACUUCUGUCUCCCCACGCCACUGCCCACGAGACGGGCGGGGGAACCUCUUCCAAACCAGCCCACUUCCUGCUGAGGGGACACCCUGAGCUCUACUACCAGGACCAGCGCUCCCCAACGUGUGACGUGCCCCCCUACCAGCCAGCCAGUAAUUACUACCCCCCCACUGGCCCCCCCUCCAAACCCUGUGUGGCUCGUUUCCUACGCUCUGUCAACGUCGCAGAGUCCUCCUUCCCCCCAGCGUCACCGUACGCCGAUCAGCAGUCUCUGUUGGCUACACGAGACCGUCUGGGCCCUCAGUUUGGCCAGCAGCAGGCGGCGGCAUGCAGCUCCCUGAGCCCCGGUCACGGGCACGGCCAUGGGCACGCUCACAGCGUCUAUGCGCCGGUCUAUGACAGCCGUCGGACAUGGCGGCCGCAGCUGUACCAGCGGGAGGACGGCCGGAGCAAUUCGCUGCCGCCAGAGGUGCUGCACUCGCCCGCUUGUCAACCUCCCCCCACCAGGGAGCGCUAUAACUCACUGGACAGCCCUUACUGCGGCUCUGCGGACCACAGGGCUGCACUGCACAGGACUCACCGUCCUGCUGUCUGCUCUCAGGACUCAUACUCACGCGUUCCUCUCGGCUACGAGGACCUGCUUCACCGCAAACAGGAACAGUGGGCGCAUCACCAUGGCAACGUCAGUCGGCCUUCCCAGUCCUCACCUGUCUUUGCUGUCGAUUUUUGUGCCGAGCAUGCUGAUGGUGUGGGAGGUGCGUGUGUGAGCUGUAAGUACCGUGCGGAGGAGAGUUUGGCCCACUACUCGCCCUGGUCAUGUGGCUCCAUCAGCCCCUUCGACUCAGAGCAAUACGCCAGCUCUACGUACAGCUCCUGCUCGCAACACAUGAUGGAUUUUAAAAUUCAGGAAGAGGAGGUGGAGAGUGGGGGAGGCAAGCGAUGGCUGCACAUGUUUGAGCCCUACCGCCGUCUGAAAGAAGAGGACCCGAUCAUCCCAUUCGGGGAGGGGCCCAUCAUCUCCAAGUGGGGGGCCAUCUCCCGCGCCUCCCGGACCGGCUACCACACCACUGACCCGGUCCAGGCCACCGCCUCACAGGGAGGCGUCAGCACCACACCCAUCAACUUCAGAGAUUACAGCCCCCACAUUGGACAUGGAGAUUACAGAUGGGGUCCGCGAGGUUCUGACUCAUCCAGCCACUCCAGCUUCCUGGAGAGUGACCAGUUGGGUGUGAUGGAGCUGCAGGCUCGCCGGCCCUCUCUGAUUGGUGGAGAGAAGCUGGAGGGGGGGCGCUUUCAUCCAGAAGCAAGUCCUAACUGUGCAGAGAGCGAACCGGACCGGGACAUCGAGCUGGAGCUGUCUGCCUUAGACCUAGAGGACAACGAACUGCACCAGAACACCAUACAGGAGCCCCUGGAGGUGAGGGUGCCCGCCCACAGCGCUCUUCUCUCUCCCCCCAGCACUGAACCCCAGAAGCGCUCCCCUGAUGGGAUGGACCACCACCUGCUUAAGAAGAUGGCGUUCAGGAAGGCUCUGUCGCCAGGAGGCCUUGGCUCUGGGCGGCUGGGCAUAGGGAAGCUGACGAUGAAGACGGGCCCCCCAACUCUCGCCGACAGCCACCGUCCCUCCACCGCCGGGCCUGAGGUGCUGCUGAAUGGCAGCUGAGAGGCACAGGACUGGUCCUCCACCAGCAGGGGGCAGUGCAGGCAGGCAGCAUCCCCCCCCCCCCCUGCUAAAGGAAGUGCUGGCUCCUGAGGGAGGAAAACCCCAUGUUUGGGAACCAAGUAACACCCUCCAAAACAUCUGAGCCAGCUCUGUGCUGCAGUCGCACUGUGUCGCAGUGAUCGAUUCUCUCUUUUCACUUCAUCUUUGCCACUGUGCCACCCGAGCCUGUAUUUUUUCAGAGGCGCAGUCCCCUCUUCCUCCUGCUUUGUAGUUUACAGGGGUGUAUUGGCGUUUUCGGCAGGAUGCCCACAGUGGUUGUCAUUGUAUCCCAUCAGAAAUUCCCAAAGGUUGCCAUCAGGCCUAUGAAGAGAGCUAGAUGUGACCAUGCUUUCUCAGCAGUUUUAAUGUUUUCUGGAAAUUUAGCAGGGAAAUUGAGGUCCCCAAUCUCACAUGGCUUGUGUAGCUCUCAUGAGGCUGUCUCAUAAUUAAAUGCCAUGGCUGAGCUGGCUUUUGAGUUGUUACCCAAGCUGGUAAUAUUUGGGUGAAAGCUAAUGUUAACCUGUCUCAGUAUGAUUAUACAGCAGUCUAUUCUCACUGAUAGUCUCCCCAUAGACUCUAGAUAUUCCAGAAAUGUUUUCCAUUGCAAACAUUGAGAGUAAGCCAUGGUGCUGAGAAAUCACUAUGCUUUUCGCUGUCUGAAUCAUUUAGGUUAAGCUGCUAAAAUAUUUGUCACCAGAAUGAACCUGCAUGCAAGUAAUUUGUCACGUGGAACGAUUGCACUUAUUUAGUAAGGGUUAGCGUUUUAUUCCUAUUUUUUUCCCCCCCAUCUGUGUGGUUGACCAUCGUUGGUGAUGUUAAUCUUUCAUUUGGACAGGAUCAUUAUGCGUGUUGUAUGUGUGUGUUUUGUAAGUUGGGUGUUAAGCAGCAGUCAUUGCUUAACACUUAAGCCAAACACUUUUUAUUUUGGACUGUUAUCAGUCACUGGUUCAAUGGUGUGGUUUACUAGUUUGACACUGACUGAAAGCAGAGCCACAUAUUCAAACAAUCACUCAAUGACCUUCAUUUGAAAGCUCUCAUGUCUCAAUCAACUGUGGACUUCCUCAUUAUGAUCAUAGGCUACAAAUAAUGGGAACUAAUAUAAAUUAAACAGAUAUUAUGUAAUUGGGGGGCCAAGCAGCGACGCUGUGUAGGCACCCAUUGUAUUUCUACCUCCUCUUCCUCUUUUCCAUGGCAGCCCCAAGAACAGUAUGGUGUAAAAAUAAUUUCAAUUUGGUACACUGAUUGCAGACCGUCCCUUGAUUCCUGUCAAUAGGUUUCAUGUCUGCCCCUCAAGACUUAUAAACCCUAUGCCCAAUUUUUCAAAAAAUUGAAAUUGGUAUGAAACUUGCUGUGACUGCAUACAGCCAUGCCCUUGAUAUAAUGACAUGAAGUUUCCACAGUCCUCACUGCAUGCAGCUAUAUUACGGUAAAUGUAUCGCUGCUUCCCUUGUCACAGCCUACGUUACUGUUAGGAGAUGCAACGUUGUUAGGAGAUGCAACGUUGUUUUGAUGGACAGUGAGUGCUCAGUGUGCAUGAUGAGCAGUCUGCUCUGCUGUGUGUGUGUGUGUGUGUGUGUGUGUGUGUGUGUGUGUGUGUGUGUGUGUGAUCUGUCAUGCUCUGUGUUUCCCCAUGUGGUCACUGUGGGAAGGUUCUUGUUUACAGACAAAGUCGAUGGUGGAAUCUGUUUUUCUUUGUCUUCGUUUUAGUUUUGUGUGUGUGUAUAUUUUGUUUCCUUUUCUCAAAGAGUAUUCGACCUAAUCAUCAAAGAAAGCACUGCAUUUGACAGGGGCUUCCGCUGCUUCUGGGCGAUCCCCCUUCCAGAAGAGCUACAGGUUCUCCUGGGUGGCUUUUACUUUCAUUUUAUUACGAAAAGAAAAAAACAAAAACAUCACUAACUUCCGUGAAGUUGUUUGUCAAAAUAUUUUGUAUCAGGAUCUCUUAAUUUUGGUCAUUUCACGAAUAAAAAAAAAUAAAAUUGCAAUCAGUCAAUCAAUCGGUCUUUCCGGUGUUAACGUUAGUAUAGGGUGCAACCCUGUUUGUUAAAAGAGGAGAUUUCUGUCACUGAAAUGCCUGGAGGAUGGUCUUUCUUGUGGUGACUCCUGCAUUGACGGCGUUUGUCUACUGCAGGUCUGUGUUUGUCUACUGCAGUCUUGUGCACUGAAUGUUCAGUUUGCCAUCUCUUCUGAGAGGGUGAAGAUUUGGCAGGGUGAUGCUAUGUGUUGUAUACAGCGCUUGGGUGGGGCGUAGGGACUCUCCUAUUUAUAAUAGUUUUUUUUUCUUUUUUUAAAUGUACAGAUGGAGGCAUUCGCGACUAGUGGUGUAAACAACUUGACCAAGGCUUUGCAACAUCUUGUGAGUACUCGUGAUUUAGAAAGCUGGCAGAUUGUGAAAGUAUGCACUUUUUGUUUUGUCCGAUGUCGCAUUUUAUUUGUCUACACUUGACAUGAAACGGUCUGUUUCAAACUCUCUCACAGCUUGGUAGGGAUAUUUACCUAUGUUUUAACAUAUUCCAGUCUGCUGUGGGACAUCUUUGUACAAUCAGUAUAAAUUAAGUGAGUGAUCGUUGAACAAAGCUCACAUGUAUCCAGACUGUUAUAUAGUAAGUAUCCUGGAUUGUAUCGAUUUAAUGUUUUUACUGGUUAUUUCUUAAUGAGGUUAACUGUUGGCAAAGAUGCAUCAGGGAUUGCUUUUGUAAAAAAAAAAAUUAAAAAAAAAAAAAAAAGCUAGCCUUCAUGGCUUUGGUCAAGUUGUUCUCCAUUUUAGGUCAGUCUGCCUCAUGUUGUUCAGGUUAUCCAACAGGUGGCGCCAGAGCCCAGUCAUCUGACUGUUCACCACACUGACAGGGCUAAAAUAAGCAAACUAGCAAGCAUCCUAAUAUUAACUAUUGUUAAUGUUACUAAUGAUAGACAUUCAAAGAGGAAUUGUUUCCUUAAUGUUUCAGUGGCUUAAUGAUAUUUGGUUGUAUCUUUUUUUUUUUUUUUUUUGUAUGUGUGUGUGAGUUCCGACAUCAGUAUUUGUCAGGUCCUGGGAACAGGGUUUGGGUGAAAAGGAGGUGAAAGAGCUUCAGUUGUUUUCAUGGUGCUUGUCAUGUACCGCUAUGCUGGACUUCACCACAAUGCCUGAGAUGACGCCCUCUACUGACCCCACCCUACCCCUUUUCCCAUGCAGACUCCUCGUUCAUUUAAUCCCUAUUAUACCCCAUCACUGCAUUGUAUGGGUCCCUUGGCUCUGUUUUGGCUAGUCCUACAGUUAUAUGCCCCUAGGUCAUGCAUGCUGUCUAUGUAGUUUUGGAAAAGGAGUCCCAUGAUUCUGUAGUUGUGAUACAACACUGACGUUGUCGCAUUUCCUCACGUGCCCACUGUGUGGCCACAAGUACUGUGGCUUGCCUGCAGCACUUAAUUGUCUGCUAUCAAAUUAUUAUUAUUAUUAUUAUUAUAAUUAUUAUUUGAGUAGUUGUAUUCUCCCUGUAAAGAUCUUGUUUCUCUGCGUUUGCAUUUUAUUUACUGAACUGUAACUUUGGCAAGCAUAAAGAUGUGGUUUAAAGAAAAAAUAACUGUCAGUUGAUUAUGGAGAUGAUGUUUACCUAUUUUUACGUCUGUAUUAGACAUUUUCUUUGCAAAUCUAUUGUUCGAUUGAAUUGUAAAUUAAAUAAGGAGAUGGUACACAUCCGUCAUUUUAUACAGCAAACGCCAUCGUUAGAUGGACUUACUACACAUUUUUAUGAUAUAAUCAACUAUAUUUAAAUAUAGACGUAUAGUAACAUACAGAGAUUCUUUAAAGUGGAAAAUCUUUUAAAGGAAAUGUCUGCAGGAGUAAUUUAUAUUACAUUUUGUUUCUUUUGAAAUGCCACUUUUUGAAAGGUUUCCCUUUUGCUUAAGGUAAUGCAAGGCAAGUUUUAGCCUGAUUAUAAUUAUUUUUGUUUUGUUCUGAAUGGAGUUGUUUCCAGAGUGGAUUCUAUUAUGUUUCAUUUGUUCUAUCUGUUCUUGCACUGGCUUGUUCUAAGGCCUGUUCUCACAUGUGGGACAGUGUGAUGUCAAGAAAGGGAGGUUGGAGAAAUGUAAUUGCAUGCUAAAAUAUUCAAUAAAAACACGCCAAAUUGAA